UCCAUAACAUGGGCAGAAUGUUUAUGAAAACCCACUUGCACAAGGCAUUUAUUUCACCUUGUUGGGAAAUGAUCACACAUAAGCAUAACAUCCAUAAUCGAAUCACCAUACCAAACAAUAUCACCCCGCAAUCGUCACAAUGCCCUCGCCGGCGAGCUCUCGGUCUUUACUCUGCUCUGCCUCACCGGCACCAGAACCGGCACUGCCCACCCCUCCCCCCUCCCCCAGUUUCAAGAUAAUCGUCCACCGCCCCAUUGCGCACCCUCUCCCACCAGCGCACAUCGCCACGCUGCGCUCAAUGAUCAACACCUCCUUCCCGGCAGCGGAGCUAGCCAGCUUCGCCAACCUACGCCUUCCCAGCGAAGCUGCCGCCGAGCUGUGCAACUCUGAUCGUUGGAUGCUCUGCAUGUACAGCUCUGGCGCACCUCCUGGCGGGCCAAUCGCCGCUCUCCCUCCCGCCGCGGAUCUCAACGGUAUCCACCACGACUUGCACGGGUGGUAUGUGGUGGGAACGGUGUCGUUGUCACUGGAAAGGGAGGGCACGGUCGAAACGCACGGGAACGGCGUGGCUGAGGGCCCACUCAGAGACGGCGGGCCGCGCGAGUGGCAUGUUCAUCUGCUGGGGAUCAACCUUACGAUGGGAAAGUUGGGUCUUGGAGCGAGGUUGUUGGAGGCCGCUGAGGAGUUUGUUACAGGCCACAGUGCCCAGGGAGAAUGCGAGACGCUUGUUGCGUACGGGAUCGUGGAGUUUGGGAAAGCAGAGUACUAUGAGAGAAGAGGGUUUACGGAGAAGUCACAUACCUGGGUAGAUACGCAGGUAGAACACCAAUUAGGGAAGAAGAGCGGUUUAUUGCUCGCGGUAGAUGGAGGUUGAUCUUGUCUGAUGGCUUUUCUGGGGGCAUGCAAUCGAUGGUAGAUAACAGUGAUUGAGAGAGCUAGAAAGCCGGUGAUAAAGCGUGAAGCUUGCUCUCGAAUAUUCA